GGUCAGCAUCCUGAAGCCAGCUGCUUCUGACAGCUUCCUCCCUGGUCAGGCCCAGCCUCUGUGUGUUCUCUGUGAACAGCUCAACACCAAGGCUGCAGCUAAGAACCAGGAUGGAGCCUCAGGCCUGGGCUGAGGUUGCUGCCAUCCACCAGCGGUGGCCUGCCCUGUUGCUGCUGUGGCUGUCAGCCCUGCAUUGUUCUUUCUCCUCGCAAGCUUCUCCCCCUCCUUCUCUGGUGCCCCGAGUCAGAAGCAGCUACAAUUUGGGAAGGACUUUCCUCGGUCUUGAUAAAUGCAAUGCCUGCAUCGGAACAUCCAUUUGCAAGAAGUUCUUUAAAGAAGAAAUAAGGUUUGACAGCUCGCUGGCUUCCUACCUUGGCCUGCUUCCUCAGGACUUGCCUUCUUAUGCUGCAAAUUACUCAGAUGAUUCCAAAACUUGGCGCCCUGUAGAGAUCUCUAGGCUGCUCAGCAAGUACCAAAAUGAAAUCUCCGACAGGAGAAUCUGUGCCUCAGCAUCAGCCCCAAAGACCUGCAGCAUCGAGCGUGUCCUUCGGAAAACAAGGAGGUUCCAGAAAUGGCUGCAGGCCAAGCGCCUGACACCUGACCUGGUGCAGGGCCUGGCCAGUCCCCUUCUGCGCUGCCCUUCACAGAGGCUCCUAGACCGCGUGGUUCGGCGGUAUGCUGAGGUGGCCGACGCUGGCAGCAUCUUUAUGGACCACUUCACGGACCGCGACAAGCUGCGUCUCCUCUACACGCUCGCUGUCAACACGCACCCCAUCCUUCUGCAGAUCUUCCCUGGGGCGGAGGGUUGGCCCCUGCCCAAGUACCUGGGCUCCUGUGGCAGAUUCCUGAUCAGCAGCAGCACCAGACCACUGCAAGAAUUCUACAAUGCAUCCCCAGAGCAGGCUGCUGACCUUGCCUACCAGCUCCUUGGGGUCCUGGAGUCCUUGAGGAACAAUGACUUGAAUUAUUUCUUCUACUUCACCCAUGUUGAAGCAGGCAUGUUUGGCAUCUUUGACAAUGGGCAUCUGUUCAUCCGAGAUGCCAGCGCACUGGGUGUCAUCGACAAGCAGGAAGGCAGCCAAGUAGUUGCCCUGGCCAGAGAGAACCAAGACAUUUUUAGCUGCCUGGUUUCCGGUUGCCAGGUCCAGCUGCCCUCCUGUGACACUAUCCCUGAGAAGCAAAGCCUGGUGCUGGUGUGUCAGCAGUUGCUGCCUCAACUUCUCCAGGGGAAGUUCCCCUCCCCAGUACAAAAGGACAUAGACUCUGCCCUCACCCAGUGCAGCGACUAUGCCUGCACAGACCCAGAAGUGCUCAGGGCCUCCAGCCGGCUGAAGGACAUCUUGAGACCUCUGAGAACCUGUGACCCUAGAUUUGCCUACCGCUACCCAGACUGCAAGUAUAGUGAUAGGUUCUGAGUGACUGGCACCCAAAUAGCCUGAAAGGACAACCCACAUGUUCCUCCAUUUGGGUUUGGGUUACUGCCAAAUUGGAAGAAGCAAGUCCAUCUUAAAUAGUUAAGCACAUUCAUUUGCCAUGGAACACACAAACUAGGGAGAGAAACUGUGUGACACCACAUGAUUGGCACCAUUGGCUGAGACAUGAUGGCAGAGUCAGGAAGAGGACAUUGGAAGGCCCAGGUGUGGACACUCGAUAUCUUUGAACCUCCAUUUCCUCUCAGUCUACUAGACUCUCACAAGUGAAAGAAGACAGAGAUGUGAGGGGCCUGGACACAAGCUUACGACCCACAAAGCAUUUUCCAGAAGCAUGUGAGAAAAGUCCCAUGAGACUGGUAUGGGUGGAAGGUAGGGUAAAGGCAGGGCUUUAGACCACUGGAACUUUAGAAUCAGACAAGGGGACCCCCCAUCCUACUCUCUUGCAUCGGCAGGGAGAGGAGACUACAGGUCAAAGUGAUGUGAUCACUCACUACCAGCUCCUGAGCCCUCUGGGCACCUGGGACACCUUACAAAUGUACAGAAGACACCCCAGGAAGAAGGAAGGGGCCAAGAAGAGAAGGGGACCAACUGAGGCCAAUGUGCUUGACCAGGUCCUCUAACAAGCGGGUGUCAAAACAGGACUACAUGGGUUUCCUUAGAGGUCAUGCCUGUAUGGAAAGCAAGAAGGAGGGGCCAGGUGAAGGCUGAAGAACAAGUCAGUUUACAUUCUGACCCCAAGCAAAGAGUAGGCAACAGAGGAAAAGUUGUUGGGAUGUAGUCGAGGCAGAAUGAAGGGAUCUCUUUUCUCCAAUAAAUGAACCCCUUUUAGUAUUCCUGUGGGCUCAGGGCUGGCCAGUACAGGCUGUGGGAAGUGUGAUUGCAGCCCAGCUGCAAAAACAGAUUUCAGAAUACAGCAGCUGAGCCACCAAAUCAGUCCCAUUGCUCACUGUAGCCACAGCCGGGCACCAACACCUGCUCUCUCCAUGCCACAGGCUGCAAUGCAUAACCCUAAGCAGUCUCGCAAUUUUCAUUCAAAUGUGGCCUUAUAGGUCAUUAAAAACAUUUUUUUCAAAGUCAGCCAAUAGAAUACAAUUUAUUCAACAAUUAGUUGGUUGUGCCUUUUAAAUAUUUAACCAUGUGGGUCAUGGGCCUCCAUGUAUGAUCUUACCCUACUUCUUUAACAAUAGCAAAGGGUUGCUCUAGAACCCAGCCUCCCAGGCAGCCCUCUACUCCUGGGGACUGUUCAGUCUUCGCCUUUCCUUCUACCUCUGAACCAGUACCUUGAAGGUCAGAACACCUGGCUUAACAGGUCUCACUACGGAUGUGCAGAAACUGAAGCCCACAGAGGAAGAGUGACUUGCUGGGAUAGUUCUGAAACCCUCCCUGCCAAUCCAUGCCCUUAUUGCUUUCCCCAUCAGCUUCUGACUCUCACCCUGGACUAUUCAAUUCUAAUUGGAUUCACAUUUAAAAGUGGAUUCCUAAAGUCCUAUCUUCUUGUUUACCAGGUGGCCUUUCAGGAUUGACAUUUGACUGCUCUGGAUAUUGUGGUAUGUCAACCACCACAGUGAGGAGGACAGGCCAAGCCCUUGCAAGAGCAGGCUUGGCCUGCCCAAGAAGCAUUGGAAUGGCUGCCCUCUGGCUGGCUGUGGGGGAUGAAGUCUGACCACCUCUCCCACCUGAACCAUCUGCUCUCUCCCAACUGGCUUGAUUCCUUCCAGUCAGCCUCCUAGCAGAGCCUAGGAAAAGGGCCAUAACCCCAUACUCUCCAAAGAUAGAAAGGAGCAUAGGGUUGCCCCCAAGACCCUCCAGUGCAUGCGCCAGGCCCAGUGGGACCAUGGCUUUUCCUCUGCAAAAUGUUUCCUCAUGAUGAGUGACUUUGAAUGAGGCCCCCAGGGAGUUAAGAGAUGACCCAUUCCUGGGCCUGAAGUAACCCUCCUCUUGCCCCUCUACCAUGUGUCUGUGGGGAAGGUAAGAAGGAAAAAGUGGCCUGCAACUCAAGAACAUUCCUUCAGAAUCAUCAUGUAACCCGUGAAGAUGCUGAGUUGAGGCAGGAACCACAGCCCUAGACUCCUUCUGAAUCAGAACAAAGAGAUUUUGUGUCUACUUGAUGGAGUCCCAAGAGAGGGCAAAGAAAAAACUACCCGUCUGAUUUGGAAUAGCCUGGAAAUGGCUCCCAGCUCCUGAUUUUUUUCCGGUUCAGGAGGUCCCUUCUCUUUUAAAUAUUCAGGACGGAGCAAAUGUGCUGUUCUUGUCAGCAUGACUGAAGAUCACAGGUUCCAUUUAUGUGCCACCUCCAGGAAACUUCCUCCCUACCCCUGCCAUCUGUUGACCCUGUCACUCCCUUUCUGUGAUAGACACAGAACAGAGCUGUCCAGGCUCCCAACUUGACAACGGGUAACUAUCUCCCCAGUGCAAGAGUGUGGUUGGAAGGCAGCACUGGCUGUCAGCCCUUUGGGCUCUACUUUGGCCACUUGGUGGCUUCAAUGGAAGCCAUACCCUUCCUAAGGCAUAUCUACAUUCAGUCACUGGGCUUGGUGCGGUGUGAUGGCCCAGUCAGUUUGACCCACUUAGCUCCAACUCUGAUAGGCAAUUCUUAUUCCUGUACUCUCUAUCCAGCAAGUUGAGACUCUACUGGGCCUACAUCCUAGUCAAACUUCUCUGUGCUUAUCCUCUUCCUCUGAAUUCCUUUCACAGGUGUUGAUUAAACAGGUUGUGUCCAGUAGUGGCAGAAAUGAUGGCUCUCAGAAAGGCAUGUCCGCAUCUUAAUCACCAGAACCUGUGACAGUUACUUUAUGUAACAAAAGAUGUAGUUAAGGAUCCUGGGUUUCCCCCAGAUUGUCUAGACAAGUCCUAAGAGCCAGUCCAUGUGUCCUCAUAAGACAAAGACUAAGGAAGUUUUGAGAGAGAAGAGGAGGUGAUAUGAAGACAAAGGUCAAGUGUGGAAUGACACAGACAUACCGAGGAAUUCCAGCAGACAGAAGAGGCAAGAAAUGGACUCUCUUCCAGAGCUUCCAGAGGAAAUGUGCCACGUGACAUCUUGAUUUCUACCUAGUGAAACUGGUUUCAGAUUCCUUACCUCCAGAACUGUGACAAGAAUACAUUUCCACUAUUUUGAACUACCACCUUCUUGGUAAUUUGUUAUAGCACCAGCCAGAAAUCAAUACAUAUUCCUAACUCCCCUAGGUAUCAGUCUCCAGAGAAAUCAACCUCCAAUACUCAACUCCAGUCUACCCUGAUCAAUUGGAAAGUAAGAUCUGGGCUGAGGCUGUAGCUCAGUGGUAGAACAGUUGCCUAGCAUGCUCAAGGCCCUAGUUUCAGUCCCCAGUGCCGCAAAUGCAUGACGUGAUGUGGAGGCUGUGGGAUGCAUUCCUAUCCAAAGCCAACAGUUUCCUUCCUCCACAUGCAAAGCUCUAUGCAUCACUGAAAACCUGCCUGAGUUUCAUGUUGAUGUAGAGCCUUUCCUGAUAGGCCAGCCACUGGAGAUCACUUUCUGAACCUUGUCCCUGAACUUCUGGACCACAUUUCUGUGCCCCAUUUGAGGCUGCCUCCAGAAAGAUCUGCAUCAUGCUUGGCCAACCAGCUGGGAGCUUCCUGAUCCUGGGGGCAAUGUGGAACAUUUUGUGUUCCCCAUAGCAACAGAGGGAUAGAUCCAGUACAGAUGUUGGGGAAAAGCUCUGAGAACAAGGACUGCCUUCUUCGGCCCUUUUCACUGUGUUCUUUGUACACCCUACUAUACACCCAUCAGACAGAGCCACAUGUCCUCAAUAGCAAGGAGACAGAUGAGUCAACACUCAAGAGCCUUCAGUCUGAAGAAAAUUAACAUCAAGUAUUCCCUAUUCCCUGGAAUUUGAUAGGAGGCAUUAUUUUACCAAGUUAUAUCAACCACACCUUUUAGCCUAGAAGACUAGCUAUCUGAUUUAUGGAACCCAAAGAAAAAUUAAAAUGUUAGGUCCACUAUUCAGAAAUCACUAAGAAUUGUAAGGUGAGAUAGCAGAGCUAAGCUCAAGCCCUUUCCAAUUGAAUAGAUUGCAAACCCACCAAGGAGGCCCAUGGGAGGAAAUACAGAUACAAAUCAUCCUUACACUUGGCAUUGAGUUUUGCUGUCAUUUGCUAAUUCAUUCAGUUCCCAUACCCAAAGAGAGAAGAUGUGGGAUGGGGGUGUGAAAUAUAAAAUAUUUAAUAAUUGCCAUGCCAAAGGCCUAUGAGAACAGUCUCCCAGCUGCAGCUAUUGGGAGGAUCAAACUACAGCCCAGCCCACAAGUGUGCCUCCACAGGAAGAUGCUGGCUUUAGUGGUUUGUUCUGUGAGCCUGAAUAUUUUCUCUGGAGUUAAAAUACUUUGUUGGAAUUGUGCUUUGGGGGAAAAAAUCCAGAGCUCCAGAAUCAGACAGACCUGGUAUCAAAUGGUGACUAUUCUGGUUAAUGUGUAACUUUUCCCACGUUGUUUACCUUUCAGGGUAUAACUUUUUGCAUGUAUAAAAUGGGAAGAAAAAUGUUUACUCUUGCAGGAAUAGUGUCCUGUUUAUGUAACAUGAUGUCUCUAUUUGAAGGCAAAUGUAGAGAAAGAGCAGAUGUCCUCCUGACGGAAAGGCUUUCCCACACAGCUAGGGAAAGCACAGUGCCAUCUUGGAGGGGAGCCUGAUCCCCACCCUAAGCCUAUAUUUCAUCCUAGAGGUGCCACCACAACACCUCAGGCUACUGGACAGUCUGACAGUUGCCAUUUUUGUUGUCUUCCCCAUCUGGACUCUGGGUCAAUCAUAAAAGGCUGCUGGACAGUUGCCAUCCCCAUCUCCUUCCCUGGCCUGACCCCUCCAACAAGCUUAAAGGGAAUUCUCCAGAGCAGGUGAUACUGGGAGACUUAGCAAGUCCACCUGUGCUCAGUGUACGAAAAGUGAGGACACACUGACCCAAUGUGAUAGUCCCAGGCUUUCUGCUGGUUCAUGGAGACAUGGCUCCCCACUCACCUUGGGCCUGUUGUCCAUAUAUAUUGACCCAGUUGAGCUCACAAACACACAGGAUAUUUUCUGAUUGGUAUGUGGCUCUUUGAGGACAACUUCAAACCAUAUGAAAAUACCAGUGCCCAAGCAGGGGACCUGAGCAUUUGCAGAUAUAACAGCCCUCCAAGAAAGCAUUAGAGAAAUUGCCCAGCCAAGGCAAGCUGUACAAGUGACCCACUCAUUAGAGCUUUUUGAAGAGGCAGGUAAGGAGAGAAGAACACCCCAUUACUACUUGAGUAACCAAGGAAAGGCUGCAGGCCUAGACCGGCCCUCAAGCCAAAGUGGCAUCCCACAGGGAGAAAUUGGCCCUAAAAACAGACAUGCCUGCCUUUGAAUCCUGCCGUGGUCCUUCCUGCAGAAAUCAGUACAUCGAAGUUAUUCUUUGCGAUAAUGGUAUUCAUUGCAACUGAGAGACAAACAUAUCAUUUCUGAUGAGUAAGCAGUUAUGCACUGUAAUUGCAUAUUAGAUACACCCUAAAGGUGGAUACACAGGACAGAGGCUGGAUAAACUACAGAGGAUCCACAUAAUGCAGUGCCAUACCCUGUACAGAUGAACUGUGGAGGGCUCUGUGAAUUCACAGGAUACAGUGCUAAAUGGGAAAGAACGACACUGUCUUUUGUGUAGGAAAGAAAGGAUAUAAAACCCCACUUACAUGUCUGCUCACUUGAAAUGUUUAAAUUGGAUGCUGUGAGGAACUGAGGGUAAUUCUAUAACUGCAUGUCUCAAUACAUCCUCAGUACAGCACAGGAAGAAUGAAGCGAGUUAGAAGCUCUGAUUAGAAAAGCAACAGUCUUCACUUGGUUUCUCCUAUGACCCAGGCCAGGGAGGGGGGAUGCUUGGUCAUUCGGCUUAAACAAUGUUCAUGUUGUUGUUUGUGUUCAGACGUGAGUACAAAGUGGCCUUGUUUUGUCUUGAUCCAUCCUGGUCACAGAGGGGCUUUGUUUGAUGUUGGUAUUCUGAGAAAUUGUUUAUGUCCAAAGGGAAGAUGAGAGCUGGUCUCUGAAGGCCAGGCCAGCUGUGGGCAACACCGAGGCUAAGGCUUAACUAAUGAUCAUGCCAAUCCAAUUCCAGCUCUCAAGGGUGCUCUUCUCCUCUGUAAGACAACUGCUAGAAUUCAAAUUAGGUGUAUGGGUCAAUAAAUAACAUUUUAAUUGGUGUUAA